GGGCUGUGUCUCUUUAAAUUGAUAUUAAAGCCGAUUAGGGUCGCUUCUGUUUUUUGGCGUCUGUUCACUCAAUCGUGUUUUCUCUUCCUUUCUUUAUUUACUUUCUCAUUGUGCAUACAAGACCACCAAGCGUUUUCCCUAAACGGCACAGGAGAUUUACUCUUCUGCUUGUGUUUGCGUUUCUCACGGAUUGAACAUUUCUGGAUUUUUAUCCUUUUCUUUAGGUUUCUGCUUGUCUCACUUUUUUUUGCAUUUGGUGUGUCUCUGAUGAUCAAGCGCUCAUGCAAAGUGGUGUGAGACGUCCAGGUGGAAAAUGCAGAAAAGUGUGCGCUACAAUGAGGGGCACGCACUUUAUCUCUCUGUGAUCGCCAGGAAAGAGGGAAUUAAAAGAGGCUACUUAAACAAGAAAACGACUGAGAACAGUCGCUGGAACGAGAAAUACUUUGCUUUGCACCAAAACAUCUUGUUUUACUUUGAGAAUGAGCAGAGCACCAGGCCUACGGGGAUUUACUUACUGGAAGGAAGCACCUGCGAGCGCGUCUCUGCUCCCAAAGUAUCUUCAAUCAGCCGAGACAAUCCAGAUAAACAACAGCACUAUUUCCUGGUCAUCUUUGGCCAUGAUGGGCAGAAACCUCUGGAGCUGCGGGCAGAAGAGGAUACAGAUUGUACUGAGUGGGUGGAAGCCAUUCAGCAAGCCAGCUACUCUAACCUUAUCAUCGAGCGUGAGGUGCUCAUGCAAAAAUAUAUCCACCUGGUGCAGAUCAUGGAAACAGAGAAAGUGGCUGCCAAUCAGCUCCGCACACAGCUUGAAGACCAGGACACAGAGAUUGAAAGGCUCAAGACUGAGGUUGUGGCCCAGAACAAAUCAAAUGAGAGAAUGUUACCUUGUCAUUCCAAUCAAGAAGAGGAUGACCCUGAUAUACAAAAAAUAAAGAAGAUACAAAGCUUCAUGCGUGGCUGGCUUUGUCGGAGAAAGUGGAAGAUCAUUGUACAAGACUAUAUCUGCUCACCUCAUGCUGAAAGCAUGAGGAAGAGGAACCAGAUUGUCUUCACCAUGUUAGAGGCUGAGACAGAAUAUGUGCUCCAACUGUCCAUCUUGGUGAACUGCUUCCUGAGGCCGCUCAGGAUGGCUGCCAGUUCCAAAAAACCUCCAAUCAGCCAUGACGAUGUUAGCAGCAUUUUCCUCAAUAGUGAAACUAUAAUGUUUCUUCAUGAGAUAUUUCACCAAGGCCUAAAAGCAAGAAUUGCCAACUGGCCAAGAUUAGUUUUAGCUGACCUGUUUGAUAUAUUGCUGCCAAUGUUAAACAUCUACCAAGAAUAUGUGCGAAACCACCAGUACAGUCUUCAGGUUCUAGCUAACUGCAAGCAGAACCGGGACUUUGACAAGCUCCUGAAGCAGUACGAGUCCAAUGCUGCCUGUGAGAGUCGAAUGCUGGAGACAUUUCUGACCUACCCAAUGUUUCAGAUACCUCGAUAUAUCAUCACGCUGCAUGAGCUGCUUGCACACACUCCCCAUGAGCACGUAGAACGCAAAAGUCUGGAUUUUGCCAAGUCAAAACUGGAGGAGCUGUCAAAAAUGAUGCAUGAUGAAGUGAGCGACACUGAGAACAUCCGUAAGAAUCUUGCCAUUGAGCGCAUGAUUGUGGAGGGCUGUGACAUCCUCUUGGAUACCAGCCAAACCUUUGUACGGCAAGGCUUUCUGAUUCAGCUGCCAUCAGGGGAAAGGGGCAAGCUGAGCAAAGUGCGCCUGGGUACAUUAUCCCUGCGCAAAGAGGGCGAACGCCAGUGUUUUCUCUUUACCAAACACCUACUGAUUUGCACCCGUACCUCCAGUGGCAAGCUGCAUCUCCUCAAACAAGGAGGCACUCUGUCUCUGAUAGAGUGCACCCUCAUUGAAGAGCUAGAUGCUACUGAUGAAGACUAUACUGCUGCGGGUCAGGGCUUUAAUCAUUUAGAGUUUAAGCUGCUGGUUGAGCCAGUUGAUGGGCCGUCCUUUGCAGUAAUACUGCUGGCACCAUCUCGCCAGGAGAAAGCUGCCUGGACCAGUGACAUAAGUCAGUGCAUCGAUAAUAUUCUUUGCAAUGGCCUCAUGACCAGUGUUUUUGAAGAGAACUCCAAGGUAACUGUGCCUCACAUGCUCAAGUCAGACACACGGUUACACAAUGAUGAUGUGGAUAUUUGCUUCAGCAAGACACUUAACUCAUGCAAGGUUCCACAGAUCCGUUAUGCCAGCGUUGACCGUCUGCUGGAGCGGCUCACUGAUCUGCGCUUCCUCUCCAUUGACUUCCUCAAUACAUUCCUGCACACAUACCGCAUUUUUACCACUGCAGCUGUAGUUAUGAACAAAUUGAAUGACAUCUACAAGAGGCCUUUCACCUCCAUCCCUUUCAGGAUUCAGUACCACUCAUCUGACCGUUUGUCCAUCUCCUCCAUCUGUCCUGACUACAGCCUGAAGAUAACAAGGCUUGCCCUGGAACAGUCUAAGUCCCUAGAGCUUUUUUUUGCCACUAACCAGAGCCAGUGGGGAAAUGAGCUCCUGAACAACAAGUCCCCCCGACUGUCACGCAAGUUGUCUACACCGCCUCCUCUCUCAAUCCCUUCCUGGACAUCUUCACCCAUGCACUGCCGUAAACUGUCGCUCAGUUCACCUGUAAGUGGGGGUAAAGCCAUGGCUCUGGACCUCUCUGCCUCGUCCUUGGCGGUCAGUAGUUCCAUUUCUGCCUACAACCCCAUGGUCUCUUCUCCACCCCCACACUGUACCAAAUCUCCACUGGACCUGAGCAAGGGCCCCAGUUCACCAGAGCUAGGUCCCACCACACCAGAAGAAGGUGGGGAACUCACAAAUGUUGAUGGGUUCUGUGGCAAGCUGAGGAGGAGUGUUAGGCGGAAUUUCUUAGAAUCAUUGUCAUUUGACAAGUCUAUCCCAGAGACACCUACCUCUGUUGAGUCAGGAGACUUGUCUCUGUGCAGCUUGCCAUCUACCCCUUCCUCUACCCCACGACAUCCCCGUUACAGACAGCCAGGAGGUCAGUCCAUGGAGAAUUUGCGCUGUACGAUGUCUUCUGCCUCUGCCUUUGCCAUCGCCACAGCAGCAGCUGGACAUAGUGGCCCUCAAGGUUUCACCAGCCCAGAGAAGUCAUAUGACAAGGAGUUUCUUAUCCGCCGGGCCGCCACAAACAGGGUGCUCAACGUCCUGCGGCACUGGGUUUCCAAGCAUUCACAGGACUUUGAAAUGAAUGGCGAACUAAAGGCGGGAGUCAUCAGUCUUCUAGAGGAAGUGCUGAGGGAUCCUGACCUGCUACCUCAGGAAAGAAAAGCCACAACCAACUUACUAAGUGCCCUUUCUCACGAGGAACCAGAUGACACGCAGCUUAAAAUCAAAGAUUUUCUGCUAAUGUCAGAGUACCCCAAAAUGGAGUGCUUUGAGUCUUUGUCUGCAAUGGAGCUGGCUGAGCAAAUCACCUUACUGGACCACAUUGUGUUCAGAAGUAUUCUUUAUGAGGAAUUUCUUGGCCAAGGAUGGAUGAAAAUGGACAAAAAUGAAAGAACUCCAUACAUCAUGAAGACUAGUCAGCACUUCAAUGAUAUGAGUAAUCUGGUGGCAUCUGAGAUCAUGUCACACACAGAGGUGAGCUCCAGAGCUAACUCGAUUGACAAAUGGUUGGCAGUGGCUGAUAUCUGCCGCUGCCUCAACAACUACAACGGAGUGCUGGAGAUUACAUCUGCUCUCAAUCGCAGUGCCAUUUACAGGCUGAAAAAGACCUGGGCUAAAGUCAGCAAGCAGACCAAAGCACUAAUGGAUAGGCUACAGAAAACAGUGUCUUCAGAAGGAAGAUUUAAAAACCUAAGGGAAACCCUGAAAAACUGCAAUCCUCCAUGCGUACCAUAUUUGGGCAUGUACCUAACAGACUUGGCAUUUAUUGAAGAAGGUACACCAAAUUUUACAGAAGAGGGACUGGUCAAUUUCUCCAAAAUGAGAAUGAUUUCUCACGUCAUAAGAGAGAUACGCCAGUUUCAGCAGACCCCCUACAGGAUAGAACAUCAGCUCAAGGUGACACAGUUCCUACUAGACAAAACAAUCGUUAUGGAUGAUGACACUCUUUACGAACUGUCUCUAAAGCUUGAACCAAGACUCGCCUCUGACAACUGAAGUCAUGCUGGAACAAAGCACAUGAGAAGCAUUCGUGCAUGUGGAAUGAAUGAGAGAUCCUGAUCAUCUCUCCAGUCAUUUCUAGAAGUCAGAAUUUGACUUUUAUACAAUUUUAUACAUGUACUUAACAGAAAUGACAGAGGUAAUUUUGAAACAGUGUCUCUUCAAACAGUCUAGAACAUUCCAGAAAUUGAAGUAAUGACUGUAUUUAAGGGCCUAACUUUAGAGAGACAGUGCCUUUUUGCCCUUGAUACUAUUGGAAAAUCCUAGCAACUCAACCAAACUCUCAGAAAAAUAAAAAUCUGUAGAACUCCUCUUUACAAAUUAAGGUAGACAAUAUAUGGGACAUGGGUCCAUCAGCAACCACCACAAAAUUGGAAAAAAAAAUGUCUUGUAUGCUGUAGCAUUAAGGUUUCACUUAACCAGAACUAAAGAGCUCAACUCUAAGUGAGCACCAAAUCAUGGUUUGCUGUCAAUGUAGAAAGAUUUUGAGUAACCUGCACAGAGCUCUGACCGCAAACCCACAAAACAAAUCAUUAAUGCUGACUUCACCACAAGCUCUCACUCGACAUUAGGGGCAUUAUGCUGGAAGGAGACACCGACUAUCACCCAAUUGUACAUCCACAAUUAAGAGCGUCCAACAUCACCUUUUCCUGAAAGACUGUUGGCAAGACUUGUUGGAGGAUUGUUUUCUGUUCCGAUAAAACCAAAAUUUACUUUUUGUUCCUAAGGGUCAACACUAGAUAUUGAUGGAAAACGGUUGACACUUUUAUUAGAAAUUAAACAUGAAGUUUUUCAUACUGAUUUUAAAGGUAGUAGCAUCAUGUUUUUGGUGUCAUCACAAAGCCAUGAUCUGGAUCUGGAAACUAAAAAAUGAAAAAGAAUGUCUGAGCAAGGAAGCCCUCAAACCUAAAUACAGAAUUUCUGUAAGGAGAAAUUGGUAAAUGUUCCAGCAGCUGAUGGUGAGAAGUUUGUGAAAGGCCACCACAAGCAUUUGAUUCAGCCAAUGCCAUCAAAUACUAACAAAGUGUAUGUCAAUUUUUUACCUACAGUAAAUCUGAUAUAGUAAAUAACAAAUCUGUAACUGAUCCAAGAUAUAGUUUUAAAUGACCUCUUAUGGAUAUAAAGUAGAUAAACUAGUUGUGUAUAACUUCUUGGCCACAACUGUCCGUAGGUACAUCAGUCAUAAUACUAUGAUGGUUAUCAUUAUCAUAUAUUCUUAUGAGGUAAUAUUUAUCUGCAAUGUAAAAUGUUACAUUUGUUACAAAUGUUACCCCAGAUAUAGAUAAUAUAUUCUAUUUAAAUUCUCAGGUCAUACUGUGCCUUUUUUUCUGAAUACUGAAUAUCAUUCAAUAUUGACGAUGUGUAAUUCCAAAAUGCUGAAACAGGAAAUCUGUAAAAGAUUGCUGCAUGACUUUGUGAAACAUGGUACUGCUGGUAUGACAAAAUGAAAUUUUAUUGAAAAAAAAAAAAAAAAAGAAAAAAGAAAGAGAAAAGAAAAAACAGGGUCACGUGUUUGUCCUUUUAUUUUAGCAUGGCUCUUAAGGUUUUCAGUGUGGUGUAUAACAGUAGCAAUAGCGCCAUCUACUGGAGAACAAUGAAACAUCAUGCAAUCGCUAGCUUCACUCCUGCAAAGAACCUUUAGUUAUUUGUGAAUACAUACUAGCGAAUAUAAGAAUAAAUACGAAGAAAAAUUUCUUCUUUAUUGUAAUAAUAUUUACUCGAUUUUCACAAUUGGACGUAUACUGAAUACAAAUCACUGUUAUAUAUUUUUUGUGUGAUAAUGAGGAAUUUUUGUGUUGCACAUGUUGGUUUAAUGCCAUGUAUUUGUAUUAAAUUAAAUUACUUUGGUCUUCAGAAGUAGUAAACCAUUAAGUGUAAGGUCUUUUUGAUUAUUCCUGUACUUCCUCACUGCUAAAACAUUUCUAGCAUUUGCUGUGCAACUGAUAAUGAAAUUAUUUAAAUUGAUUCUUGGUAUUUUAAUACCUGAAUACAAUGGUGUUCAAACCUUUCAAGCAAUGCUAAUAAUGUUUUAGCAUGCCAACAUUUUCUUUCAAACUACAUCUUUUUUAUAAAGCGUGUAUUUUCAAAAUGUUGUCUUUGCUCAUCAAGUUCUGUUUUGUACUCAGCACCAUUGUGUUUUUUUUUUUGUUGUUUUUGUUUACAUUUAUAGAUUAUUCUACAUUGCUAGUUUUAAAUAGUCGUCAAACACAUCUAUUUACAGAGUAAGCAAUGUUUGUAGAAUAAAUUUAUCACUGACUGGAACUUUA